GAGAGCCAUAGCCAAUUCUCUCUCUCUCUCUCUCUCUCUCUCUCCAUCUCUCGCUCUCGAGACUGUGGCCGAUUAGUCUCCAUUUUAUCCUUUUACGAAAUCUCUGUGAUCGUAAUCGAUUGAGGUGCAUUUCUAGGAGAAAGAAAACGAUACAGCUUGAAGAAGAGCGCAACGGUUUACUGAUUUCACGAUUUCUUUCUAAGAUGGAUCGGUGGACUGAACCGUGUAUACUAUGCCCUAUCUAGUUUCUUUUCCCCAAAUGUGCUGAAUUGACCUCUGUUUUCAUAAAAGAAAAUGGGAGUUGAGAAAGACGGUUCGAAAAAUGGAGGAAGUUAUGGUGGUGGAUUUUUCCACUUGUUUGAUUGGACUGCUAAAUCUCGAAAGAGAUUGUUCUCCAGCAAGCCGGAUGUACAAGAGCGUUCUAAACAAGGGAAUAGAAGUGCUGGAAACUCGCCCUUGACACAGGCUCAUCUGAUAGGUUUGGAUGAAUGUGGAACAGGGCGAAGUAUUAAAGGAAGCAGUGAUUAUAGUUGUUCUUCAUCUGUGACGGAGGAUGAAGGAUGCGGAGUUAAGGUCCCUGGGGUAGUUGCUAGGCUUAUGGGAUUGGAUUCCUUACCGUCAUCCCAUUUUUCAGAUACCUACUUUACCCCAUCAUUUGAUACUCAAUCUCUUCAAGAAGCUCCCAGCGAUAGGGGAAGUUUCAAUUACCGUCAUGACUGCCCAAUCAUGUUCUCUGGUAAUUUGCUUGAUCAGGUUGAUGACCGUGCAGCUGCUCCGUCUAGGAAACCUUCAGAAACAAAGCCUCAGAAGAUUCUUAGCAGGCCGAUAGAAAAGUUCCAAACAGAAAUUCUUCCUCCUAAAUCAGCCAAAUCAAUUCCAAUUACUCACCAUAAGCUUCUGUCCCCUAUUAAGAGUCCUGCUUUCAUUCCGACUAAGAAUGCUGCUCACAUAAUGGAAGCUGCUGCAAGAAUAAUAGAUUCUGUACCUCCAGCUACUACCAAAAGUAAAAUUUCAUCGAUUGGAUCUUCUUCAGCAGCACCCUUGAAGUUGCAAGCUCCAAAAGAAAAAAUAGAUAUAUCACAAAAAAUGCCUCUAGUUAGGUCCUCUUCAGUUAGCUUGAAGGCCAAAGAAUUAAAAGAGAAAGCAGAGUCCUCUCAUAAAUCAGCCAGGUUUCUUGAAACUUCUAGAAAGCCUUUGGAAUCAAAUGCCUCCAGGCUUUUGAAGGGACAGUCUAUGAACAAAAGCUGGGAUGGAUCUCAAGAUUCAUCAUCAUUCAAGGUUUUACCUGAUGUGGAAUAUAGUUCCUCCAAGAACAAAGGAAAAUCCAUAUCACUUGCAAUACAAGCAAAAGUUAAUGUACAAAGAAGAGAAAAUGUGAAUACCCAUAGCCAUAGAAAUUUUACUGGCCAGAAACAACAGAAUGAGGGGGGGAAGUCAAGCCAGCCCUUAAAGACACAGACAAGCUCUCAGAAAAAUCUGCACGUACAAUCCUCUGUCUGCAAUGCUUCUAAUAACCAUCCUCUCAAGCAGAAUAACCAGAGACAAAACUGCCAUGUUGACAGGGUAAAAUUACCAUCAAAGAAACCAAUUUCCAACACUGAGGGAAAGAAAUUACUUAGUGAAAAUCUUUCUUUUAGACAUCGAAGAAAUGCAGGAAGAGUUGUCGUCGGUUCAAAAGCUGGUGCCAGAAAGACAGGCUUGGAAAUCUCCGACAGGGAAAAGGUAGACUUGCAUUCUAAUGCAAAAAAUCUUCCUAGGAAGAAACGGUCAAUCGAUAAGGAUCAACGCUUUGAUAAGAAACAAGCCAGGGAUGAUAUGUUAACUGACAAAAUCCAGAUGUCAAUUCAUUCAAAUUCAAACAAUAUUGCCGACAGUUCUUCUAGUAGUUUGGCUCAAGAUUGCAGAAAAAAGGGGACAGACAUUGUUUCUUUUACAUUUACUGCCCCACUUACAAGGAAGGUGCCUGGAUCUGAUACCUAUGGUCACAUUGAAUCAAAACUUAGAGGGCCGCAUGGAUCAGACAGUUUGAAGUCAUCCUCAAUAGAGUGCAAUAUAAUUGGAGAAAAUGCCUUGAGUGCACUUUUAGAGCAGAAGUUAAGAGAACUAAUUGAUAAGGUUGAGUCCUCCUCCCCUAGCAUCGAAUCUAUCACUAGAGGAUCUGAGAGUUCUUGUUUAUCGACUUCUGAUCAUCUUUCACCCUCUCUUGAUACGCUCGAUAUGUUGUCCACAAAGUUGAAUGAGACGAUCCAGCAAAGUUCGGUUUGCAGCAAGCAAUCUGGUCUAUAUAGUUUUGAUUAUUCUUCUACUGAUUCUUCGUUACAAGGAUUAAAGCAAGAAUUCCCGUUAGUUCAUAGGAUUGAAGAAUGUAGCAGUAAUAGUAUUGAUGCUGAUGCUGAUGCUGAGAUGUUGCUCAAAGUUCGACAUCUGAGUCCCGUCUCGAUUCUUGAACAUUCGUUUUCAUCUGAAAGCUGUGACUCAUCAGAUAGUAACAGCAGAGAAGGAAACAAGUUUUGUUCAUCAAUCCAAGGCCAAGAUGUUAUUGAACCCGAUACAGAGUUGCUUGAUUCUGCAUCAUCCUUAACCAACGAAGCUCCAACAAGUAAGUUCAGUUCAUCAAUCUCGAAAUGUACUACAGGACGUACCGUGUGGGAACUAGAAUACAUAAAGGACAUACUCUGUGAUGUGGAGUUGAUGUUCAACGAUUAUGUAUUGGGACGCUCCCAUGAAGUCAUAAACCCUUAUCUAUUCAAUAUAUUAGAGAAUCAAAACAAAGGAUCGGAGCAAAGGGUUAGACGGAAGGCAUUAUUUGAUUGCGUUUGUGAAUGUUUGGACUUGAGAUGUAGACAGUACGUAGGCGGAGGGUAUAAAAUGUGGGGAAAAGGAUUGGGAGUAUUGGGAAGAAAGGAACAGUUAGGCAAAGAGAUUUGGAAGGAGAUUUCAGAGUGGAGCGGAAUGGGGGAUUGCAUGGUGGAUGAAUUAGUUGACAACGACAUGAGUUGCUGGCAUGGAAGAUGGUUGGACUUUGAAGUUGACGCUUUCACAAUCGGAGUCGAACUCGAAUCUCAAAUUCUUGAUUCUUUAGUUGAAGAAGUGCUUGGUGAUAUCGCCAUUCCUUAAAAGAAGCCAUCCAACCAUAUUUUCCAGGUAUUCUUUCGGCCCCUAAAUUUAAUCGUAUCUUGAAAUGUUUCUUGUUUGGAAUUCAAAUUAUUAUAUUGUCAUUAUUGUGCUCGAAUGUGAAUUUCGCUAA